AUGGGGGGAGUAUAUAGCGCCACCGUGUCGGGCAAUGGGUUUGUGGCUACUGGAAAUGCCCUCCGUGUUGGAUCCGACCCACUGCCGGACUCUGAUGGAUCGCUUCAAUCCCUGGUUUCCUCGGCCGACUCCAGUAGCACAUUAAUCGCACCGAUACGUCCCUGUCGCUCCCGAUUGACCUCCACCUGCGGCGCCGCGAAUGGACCGGCCGGGAAUAGAGGGGAAACGGGACCGGCCCAGGCAGAGAAAUGGAUUCGGAACCGGCGUCAGAGGGAGGACGAGAAGCGCUGUCAGCUGGGUUCCCCGGAUGAAGAGGAGACGUCGCUGAGGUGCUUGGAGCCGGAGGCCGGGGGGGGGCCGCAGGAUGAAUACAGGGCAGUUCUAAUCAAUGAGGGGGGCAAUGGCUUGGUGGCGUCGGAUCCCAGAGAGUUCGGUAUUAACCCCUCGGGGGGCUGUGCCAGUGAAGGGGGGCAGUGCCAGCUGAGCCUGUUGGCAGUGUGUGGGCCCCUCCCAGAAGCUACAGGGGGGUGUUACUCUGCAUUCAGCGGGGACGAUCCACAAGGUCCGGGGUAUUUCCCCCCAAGAGGGCAGUUCCAGCCGGUGAAUCUAAAGGUAGAGGGCAACUUCCCUCAAUCUGCCCCUCUCCCCCGGCGCUCUGCCCGCUGUGCCGCCUCCUGCCGACUGCCAACCUUCAUAUACGACACGGGACAUGGGGGCGACAGGCAGAGGGGUAAGUGCCCCGCAGAUGCCCCCGAGGAGCCAGGACCGCCCUGCAGGAAGAAGAGCAGGACCCUCUACAGUAUGGACCAACUGCAGGAACUGGAGCGCCUGUUUGCCGAGGAUCAUUACCCCGACAGUGAGAAGAGGCGCGAGAUUGCCGAAAUCAUCGGAGUCACCCCCCAGCGCAUAAUGGUUUGGUUUCAGAAUCGCCGCGCAAAAUGGCGCAAAGUGGAGAAAACGUCCAUAAAGGGACCACGCAAACCGCUGUCUGCAGCCGGGAUGUCUCGCCCCGAGACUGCUGUACUGACUGUCUCUUCCUCCGUUGCACUUUCCCGCCCAGAGGCGGUGUCUCUGUCCGUCACCUCGGGAUUCCACACUUACGGAAGCGCUUUCCCUCCCGUGGGCGGAGUCAGGAAUGGGUUCUCUAUGGUCCCUGGCUCCGCCCUGCCGACAUCUCAGUCCUCUGAUGGCAGCUCCCAGCACAGCGCCUCCUGCAGUUCCAGCAGCUCAGGUCUGGGAUCCCCGAGUGAAGUUUGUCUCCCCCCCUCCCAGGAGUACCCCCCGACAUUCCCCAGCCCCCCGCCUCUGCGCAGAGUGGGGCUCCCAAUGUCCAUGGCCUUUAACCCCAGCAGUCACAUGGUGCCGCUAAUGCUGGACACGCCCGAGAGCACGUGCACCCCGCCCCCAUCAUGUGACACCGACAUCUUCUCGUACAGCGGGCAGGAGUACGCAAUCCGGUCGCCCACCUUACAGGAGACAAUGGGGGCAUCUAUGAGGUUUGGGGCUCAGUACUACCAUCCCAGCACCCAGCCGGCAGCAUUCCAGUUCCCCCAGUACUCCCAGUAUUCCCAGUACCAGCGACUCCCCCAGCACAGCCUUACUCCCACAUCCCCUGAGGAGGCCUCUUUCCUUACUGUGCCAGGGAGUAACCCCCCCAGUGUGCUGGCAUACGGGGGCCCUGGAACCUUCCUGCCAGGCCGAGCCGGGGGGCACAUACUGCUGCAGUCUGGUACAGGUGGGAUCACGUUCCAUGCCUCCCCAUGGAGUGACAUGUACCUACAGAACCCUCCCUUCCAGCGCUCUCAAAUUGGGGGUCCCUGCAACUUGGCCGAGCAGCCUCUCUUUUCUCACACGGCCCCCCAUCUUGCUCAGCCCCAGAAGGCCUCAAAUCCAAGCCAGGCCCCUGACGAUCAGGACGGCGCAGCCACGGUCUCUCCGAAUGCCGUAGCGCCUGUCUGAGGAGCCGCAAGGAGAAAGCCCAGUCCUGUGGGAUUCGGAACCAGAACAUUGGGCGCUUAUUUACGUUGUACUUAUUUUGAGUGAGAGUUUUCUUUGGGUUUUUCUGUUCGGGCGCCAGGAAUAGGGACGUAUUUUGGGUGGUGAUAGCAUUUGUUCAAUAAAGUCACAUUGUGUUUGACCCAUGAA